AUGCAGGCAUGUAAAGAGUUGGACGAGGCUCUGACGUUUUUUAAUUCUAUUGCUGCGGCGGAUGAGGACUUGGCGAGGCAGCAGCAGGGGGAGAAGCAGCCGCAAGAACAGCAGCAGCAGGAGUCAGUCGCCUCAUCUCGCCCACGACAUGGCAGGCGUGCUGAGAGGGAAAGCAGCAAGAAGCAGCACCACGGCCGAAGCAACUUCGCCUUCCCAGAAAGCUCAGCUGUGGUCUCUGCUGGUGCCACUGGGCAGGACGUUCCCUCAUGGGAGAGCAGCGCAGCAAAGGACCCUUUUUUCCCCGCUGCAGCUGACUCCUCUGCCGCAGCACCUGCUCCAGCUGCAGCAGCAGUACCUGUUGCCGAGGACUCCGUGAAGCACAGGCAUGGCAGAACUAGGGGUCACAGUAGAAGGCGUGCAAAAUCCAGCAGCAGCAGACCACGUGAAUCAGACGCACCCAGCAGUGACGGCGAUAGCAGCAGUAGCAGCAGCACCAGCAGCACAUCUGGUCUCAGCAGCAGCACGCGCAGCAGGGAAGACAGUAGUGGCAGCGAGGUGGAGGCCACGAAAGCCAACAGCAAGCGCCACAGGCGGCGAAGAAGGAAUCAUCGUUCGCGGCUUCGACCUUCCAGUAGCAGGGAAACAGCAGCAGCGACCGCACUUCAGACGGCUGGAGCAACAGAAGAACCAGCAGAUGACCGUUGCAGCAUUAGCAUAUCUUAUUACACACAAGUCUUAAUGCGUAGGCGGACAGCUCCUUUGUGCAGCACUUACUUUUUCCAUUCGCGUGAAAAGAGCCGUUCUAUUGGUCUCAUGAGAGUCUGGAAAUCGAAGCUGAGAGCCCCUCUGAGUUGGGCGUUGUCAUCAGCAGUAGCACCAGCAGCAGCACCGACACCAGUAGAGAACUACAGGAGAGGAGAUGACGCAUGGCCGACCUUCACAGCUCAAUUUCUCCUCAGCUCUCUGACAUACGGGGUUUUCAGCAUCCAUCACGUAAAUCUGUUUUCCAAAGAAGAAAACGCAACAGAAUACAGCAUUGCAUGCGGAUACCUCUCCUUCUCAAUCGCAGCAGAACUAGUAAAACCCAUGGCUGCCGCGCUGUCGGUGGCGCACGCAGAUCUUUCCGGGAACACUGCGACACCUGCCGGAGACAAGAAGGCACAAAGGCGAGCUGAGGCCUCGAGGGCGGACCUUGACGGAUCUUUAAAAUCAACGAAAAACGAGAACGCUGCGCUGCAGCAACAAAACAAACUGCUGCAAGCACAGGUUCAGGAGCAGCAGCAAGCUAUACUGCAGCAACAGCAGCAUAUCCAGGCCCUUCAAGCUCACAUGCACCAACUGACGGCACAGCUCAGUGAAGCAACUCAGCGACUCGCCGCCACUGAAGUGCAGCAGCACCAACAGCAGCAGGCGCUGCAACAGAUGCAGCAACAACGAGAUGCAGAGUCCCGUGCUUCCGCGGCCGAGAUAGCGAGGCUGCAGCAGCAAGUUCUGCAGCUAGAGGAAUCACGUAGGAGCGCCGAAGAAGAACAAAAGCUCCACCGCAAACAAAUUCGCAACUAUCGCAUGGAGGUGGAACAGCAUGAGCGUGAGCGGCAGCGACUAUUAGAGGAGCAGAAAGACUCGGAAAAGAAAGCCAUGGAGCAGGAAAAGACCAUCGCCGAGCUCACAACACUCCUAAGCAACGCGCGAAGCCGUAUAAGGGACGAGCGACAGCGGAGUGAGGGACUAGUGGGCAAGCUGGAAGCUGCGAGCGAGGUCGAGUCCUCCCUAAAGGCAGAAUUACAAGCGUCGCAGUAG